AUGCAAAAUUCAGCAGAAAAAGAAGAAUUCAAAGGUUAUUUAGAAAAGAGUGGUGUCAUAGAUGCAUUAACUAAAGUACUUGUUGGCUUAUACGAAGAAUCUGAUAAACCUUCAGAUGCAUUAGAAUUUAUUAAAAAACAUCUUGGAAAUUCUUUAGGUAUCGAUGUUGAUGCAUUAAAACAAGAAAAUGCUGAUCUCAAAGCUGAAGUUUCCGCAUUAACUCAAAGAGUUGAUGAUUUAUCUAAAAAAUUAGAAGCAGCAAACAAACAAUAA